CAGGCGCUGUCUCGUCACACAGAGCUCAUGUCCCGCCCCAGGCCUGCAGCUGAGGCUGGACUCGGAGCGUGGGGAGCCGGGGCCGCUGCGCCGCGGGGAGCUGCACCCUUCCGGACAGACAGACGCCAUGGUGGAGUACUACGAAGUGCUGGGCGUGCCCCGAAAUGCCUCCUCGGACGACAUCAAGAAGGCGUACAGGAGGGCGGCGCUGAAAUGGCACCCGGAUAAGAACCCGGAGAACAAGGAACACGCUGAGCAGAAGUUCAAAGAGAUCGCGGAGGCCUAUGAAGUGCUGUCGGACAAGGAGAAGCGUGAUGUCUACGACCGCUAUGGCAAGGAAGGCCUCAUGGGAGCAGCAGGGCCCGGGGGAUCAAGAGCCGACGCGGGAGCCCCCGAAUUCACCUUCACCUUCCGCAGUGCCCACGACGUCUUCCGGGAGUUCUUCGGCGGGCGGGAUCCCUUCGCUGACCUCUUCGAUGAGAUGCUGCCGUUCUCAGAGCUGCGGGGAACUGGCCUCCGACACCCCGGAUCAGGCUCCUUCUUCUCCUCUUUCCCGGCAUCCUCAGAUUUCUUCUCCUCGUCCUUCAGCCCCGGCACCAACCCCGGAAUCGGCUUCCGCUCGGUUUCCACCUCCACCACCUUCGUCAACGGCAAACGCAUCACCACGAAGAGGAUUGUGGAGAACGGGCAGGAGCGGGUGGAGGUGGAAGAGGACGGGGAGCUGAAAUCGAUCCAUGUUAAUGCAGGUGUCCCUGACGACAUGGCACUGGGGCUGGAGCUGAGCCGCCGGGAGCAGCAGGCCCUCCCGGGCCAGCCCUCGCACUCGCCGCCGCGGCCCCGCGGCUCGUCCCCGGUCUGCCUGUACACGGACAGCGAGGAGGAGGACGAGGACCUGCAGCUGGCUAUGGCCUACAGCCUGUCGGAGAUGGAGGCUGCGGGGCAGCACAGAGCAGGUGUGUUCUGAGGGACGCGCUGCGGGCACCCUGCCACGCUCAGUCGCCCAGGGAGGCUGGUCACGCCCGGACAUCGCUCUGUUUCCACACCCACCCCACCCCCAGUGCCCCCGGGCUGCCUAGUGGGGGGGCUCUCCUGUUGCUGUCUGCACAGCAGGCUGUAGUCAGCUGUAGCUAGUGGUGGGGGGCUGGUUGCGCUGUGGGCAGAUUCCAUCCUGGUGGCC